AUGGAGACUAUAAACCAUCCAUUUUUGUACACUUGGUCAACUGCACAAAUGACGAACCAGGCGUCACCGGUUGAGGAGCAGGAGAAACUACUGGAUGAAGCCUUGAAUGUAGUCAAAGUGCAGGCAUUUCAAAUGAAGAGAUGCCUGGACAAAUCCAAGCUGAUGGAUGCCUUGAAGCAUGCCUCCACUAUGCUUGGAGAGUUGAGGACUUCAUUACUAUCACCUAAGAGCUAUUAUGAGCUAUAUAUGGCAAUAACAGAUGAGCUUCGUCACCUAGAGCUGUACCUUCUCGAGGAGUUCCAGAAAGGUCGCAAGGUCGCCGACCUGUAUGAACUAGUGCAGUACGCUGGGAACAUCGUGCCACGACUGUACCUGCUCAUCACCGUUGGACUGGUGUAUAUCAAGACUAAUUCUAAUUUGAGAAGGGAUCUGCUUAAGGACCUGGUAGAGAUGUGCAGAGGAGUCCAGCACCCGCUCCGAGGUCUGUUCCUGAGGAACUACCUGCUGCAGUGCACCAGGAACGUACUGCCUGAUACUGCUGAGGCACAGAACGAGAAUGAGGGUGUUGUAAAAGAUGCUAUUGACUUUGUGCUAAUGAACUUCGCCGAGAUGAACAAGCUAUGGGUCAGGAUGCAACAUCAGGGACAUUCCAGAGAUAAGGAACGCCGUGAACGUGAAAGAUCAGAGCUUCGCAUCCUAGUAGGCACCAACCUGGUCCGCCUGUCUCAGCUGGAGUCCGUGACGGUGGAGGACUACGGCAGGCUCGUGCUGCCCGGGAUACUGGAACAGGUCGUCAGCUGCAGGGACGCCAUCGCGCAGGAGUAUCUCAUGGAGUGUAUCAUACAGGUAUUCCCCGACGAGUUCCACCUGGCGAAUCUGCAGCCGUUCCUGAAGUCGUGCGCGGAACUACAGCCAGGAGUCAACAUCAAGAACAUCAUCAUCGCACUCAUUGAGAGACUCGCUACUUAUAGUCAGAGAAAUGAAGGCAAUAUAAACUUAAGCGUAGUUCUAGAAGACGGGAAAGAACAAGAGGUUCAGCUCUUUGAGGUGUUCUCAGACCAAGUGGCUGCUAUCACACAGAGUCGCACGGACAUGCCCCCAGAAGACAUGUUGUCCCUCCAGUUGGCACUACUGAAACUGGCGCAGCGCUGCCAUCCCGACAAACUGAACUACGUCGACAGAGUACUCGCUCACACCGACAAGAUCUGUGCCGACAUACACCAAGCUAGCGGCAAAACCCAUUUAGAACACAAUACAGCAGUCUUCAAGGAACUGAUGAAGAUCCUCAAGCUUCCAGCCGACCAUUACAAGAACAUAUUAACUCUGAUCAAGCUGCAGAACUAUUCACCUCUGAUCAGACACCUGAACCAUCCUGGGAGGAUCAUGAUAGCGGUGCAUUUGAUCAAUGAUGUGUUGGAAACUGAUUGUUUGAUAUCUACUCCGGAGGAUGUGGAAUCGGUGUUGUCGAUGUUAGACGUCUUAGUAAAAGAUCAGCCAGACCAACCCACUGCCGAGCCGGACGUCGAGGACUUCAUGGAGGAACAGGGACUACUGGCCAGACUAAUCCACCACUUUAAAUCCGAGUCCGCGGACCGUCAGUACCUGAUCCUGUCGGCGGCGCGCAAGGCGCUGCAGGCAGGCGGCGCCGCGCGCAUACAACAUACGUUCCCACCCAUCGUCUUCCAUGCAUACAGACUCGCGCAUACAUACAAACAGCUUAGAGAGACGGACGACAUGUGGGAGAAGAAGUGUCAGAAGAUAUUCCAGUUCUGCCACCAGACUAUCACCAUGCUGGUCAAGGCGGAGCUAGCUGAACUGCCACUCAGGCUAUACCUACAAGGCGCCCUGGCUAUAAGUGAAAUAGGGUUCGCGAACCAUGAAACGAUAGCCUAUGAGUUUCUAUCGCAAGCCUUCUCCCUAUACGAGGACGAGAUCUCUGACAGCAAGGCUCAGUUAGCGGCUAUUACGCUGAUUAUCGCCACUUUUGAACAAAUUAAUUGUUUUGGCGCCGAGAACGCGGAGCCGAUGCGUACCCAGUGCGCGCUGGCGGCCAGCAAGUUACUGAAGAAGCCCGACCAGAGCCGCGCCGUCGCACUCUGCGCACAUCUCUUCUGGAAGGCGCCCAAAGAUGGCAAGCAGUGGCCGCUAAACGACGCGUCCCGCGGCCUGGACUGCCUGAAGAAGGCGGCGCGCGUGGCGCAGCAGUGCAUGGACGGCGGCGUGCAGGCGCAGCUACUGGCCGAGCUGCUCGGACGGUACGCGCUGCUCAGGGAGCGGGGGAACGCCUGCCUCACCACCACGCUCAUUGAUGCGGUAAUUCAGAAAAUCCGCGAGGAGCUAGCGAACCUGGACCAGUCUGAGGAGGUGGAGCAGAUAACGAAACACUUCCACAACACGCUGCAACAUCUCAAGAACCGGAUGGAGUGCCCCGACCCUGACGGACUCGGGUACGAGGGACUUACACUAUCCUAA